GACCCGCGCUCGCCGCCGCCGCCCGCCCGCUCGCCCGCCCGCUCAGGCCGCGAUGACACUGCGCCCGCGGCGGCCCCGAGGCGCCGGGCGGGCCGUUUGCUGACCGGAUCGCGGCUGCCCGCCAGCGUGUCCGCGGUGCCGCCGCCGCCGCCAGGAUGGGCUGCGCCCCAAGCAUCCACGUUUCCGAAAACCGAACGUUGAACCACAGCGACGACGAGGACGAGGACGUGGAAGUCCCGGGCCCCGCGCCGAGGUCUAGACUGCGAUGGUCGACCGCACCCGGGCUCGUGGAGCCACAGCCUCGCGACAGCGGCGCCUCGAAGGUAUCAGUAGCUGAUGUGCAAUUUGGCCCGAUGAGAUUUCAUCAAGAUCAACUUCAGGUACUUUUAGUGUUUACCAAAGAAGAUAACCAGUGUAAUGGAUUCCACAGGGCAUGUGAAAAAGCUGGGUUUAAGUGCACAGUCACCAAGGAGGUGCAGACUGUCCUUACCUGUUUCCAGGACAAACUCCAUGACAUCAUCAUCAUAGACCACAGAAAUCCCCGACAGAUGGAUGCAGAGGCACUGUGCAGGUCUAUCAGAUCAUCAAAAUUCUCAGAACAUACAGUUAUUGUUGGCGUAGUACGCAGGGUGGACAAAGAAGAGGUAUCUAUAAUGCCCUUCCUUGCUGCUGGCUUCACACGGAGGUAUAUAGAAAACCCCAGCGUCAUGGCCUGUUAUAAUGAACUGCUCCAGUUGGCAUUUGGAGAGGUGCAAUCACAACUGAAACUCAGGGCUUGUAACUCAGUAUUCACCGCAUUAGAGAAAAGUCAAGAAGCAAUUGAAAUUACAAGUGAAGACCACAUUAUACAGUAUGCAAACCCUGCAUUUGAAACAACAAUGGGUUAUCAGGCAGGAGAACUAAUAGGGAAGGAGUUAGCACAAGUACCCAUAAAUGAAAAGAAAGGUGAUUUGCUCGAUGCCUUAAAUUCAUGUGUCACCAUAGACAAGGAGUGGCAAGGAGUUUACCAUACCCAAAAGAAAAAUGGAGACAACAUACAACAAAAUGUGAAGAUAAUACCUGUCAUUGGGCAGGGAGGAAAAAUCAGACACUAUGUGUCCAUUAUCAGAGUGUGCAAUGGCAACAAUAAGGUUGAGACCACCACUGAGUGUGUUCAGACUGACAGUCAAACAGAUAAUCAGGCAGGCAAACAUAAAGACAGGAGGAAGCAUUCGAUGGAUGCCAAAGCUGUUUCCUCCAGAGCAAGUGAUGUUUCCAGCCAGAGAAGACAUUCCUCUUUGGCCCGGAUACAUUCUAUGAUGAUUGAGGCACCCAUCACCAAGGUAAUCAAUAUUAUCAACGCUGCCCAGGAAAACAGUCCUCUGCCUGUAACAGAAGCCUUGAACCGUGUGCUGGAUAUUCUGAGAGCCACUGAGUUGUAUUCACCACAGUUUAAUGCUGAGGACGAUCCUCACGCCACCGACCUCGUUGGGGGCUUAAUGUCUGAUGGCUUACGAAGGUUUUCAGGAAAUGAGUAUGUUCUUGCAACAAAAAACCUUCCGCCAUCUUCAAACAAUAUGCCCGCCCCCAUCUCCCUUCAUGAUAUCCCACCACGGAUUGCCCUGGUCAUGGAAGAUGAAGAACAAUGGGACUUUGACAUUUUUGAGCUGGAAGCAGCAACCCAAAAUAGGCCUUUGAUUUAUCUAGGUCUCAAAACGUUUGCUCGUUUUGGAAUGUGUGAAUUCUUACGGUGCUCUGAGACAACACUGAGAUCGUGGUUUCAGAUUAUCGAAUCCAAUUACCAUUCUUCUAACCCCUACCACAAUUCCACACAUGCUGCAGAUGUGCUUCACGCCACUGCAUAUUUCCUUUCCAGAAACAAAAUAAAGGAAACUUUAGAUCGAAAUGACGAGGUUGCUGCCCUCAUUGCUGCCGCCAUCCACGAUGUGGAUCACCCUGGGAGAACCAACUCCUUCCUCUGCAAUGCAGGAAACCAUCUGGCCGUGCUCUACAAUGACACUGCUGUGCUAGAGAGCCACCAUGUGGCGCUGGCCUUCCAGCUGACGCUUGAAAAUGACAAAUGCAAUAUCUUUAAACAAAUGGAGAGGAGUGACUACCGGACACUACGCCAGAGUAUUAUUGACAUGGUCCUAGCCACAGAAAUGACAAAGCACUUUGAACAUGUCAACAAAUUUAUCAACAGCAUCAACAAGCCUUUGACAGCACAAGAGAAGGAGGAAACUGGCAGAAGUCUGGAAGACAUAAAAGCUAUGCUCAAGACUUCAGAGAGCCGGGCUCUCAUCAAAAGAAUGAUGAUUAAGUGUGCCGAUGUGUCCAAUCCCUGCCGGCCCCUAGAGCACUGCAUCGAGUGGGCUGCACGCAUUUCAGAGGAGUAUUUUUCUCAGACUGAUGAAGAGAAACAGCUGGACUUGCCUGUGGUGAUGCCAGUGUUUGACAGAAACACCUGCAGCAUUCCCAAGUCUCAGAUCUCCUUUAUUGACUACUUCAUUACAGACAUGUUUGAUGCCUGGGAUGCGCUGUUUCUCUCGCCAGCCUUUGUUGACCUGCCUAACCUUAUGCAGCACCUAGAUGACAACUUCAAGUAUUGGAAGGGACUGGAUGAGAAGAAGCUGCGCUGCCUCCGGCCCCCUCCAGAAUAGUGUGAGGUACACACCUGGCCUUCCUGGUCUCCGCAGUUUCUUAGCCCUAUCAAUGUUAGCCAGAGCUAUCCCCUCAUCUGCAGAGCCUGUGAAAGCCCAUGGGGAUGCCCACCUUCUGACGCCAUAGCUUCCUGCAAGGCUCCUUAGUGAGGCACCCAAGAGCUGUGGUUUAUAUCGACUGUGUGUUACCACAGGCCUGGGAGCCCUGCAGAGGUGACCCAUGGCUCUCCUAGCAGUGACAGUGACCAUGUGUCCUAGUUCCUCACGCCUGCAGAGCAGCAUCUGGGAAGGCACGGCUGCUGGUUGUGGAACACUGCUACAGGGGACUUCUCUCUUAAGUUCACUUGCAAAUGAGACAGACAUUUAGGGUUGAUUAUCCCGAUUAUUACAUGUUUUAUUUAUUUUAUUAGACUUUUGAUGUUUUCUAUGAAUUUAAAAAUACUUCCAAGCCAAUUUCAGAUGCCUUGACCAAAUUCAUGACGUCUGUGUGCAUGAUUUGGUUACAGACUUAUUUUCAUAAUGCAGAUUUUGAAUUUUAAAAUGAUGCAUUUUUCCAUACUAUGGAAUAUGUUAAACUCUUCUCUUUGCUGUUAUGGGAAAGGCUUUAUGCAGCGGGUCUCACUCUAGUGUGUAACAGAGAAGCCACGUCUGGGCAGACCGGGCUCUGAGCAGUAGCUGUCAUGAGUUUUGCAGGUACCUUCUCAGAGAAAAAAUUGGAUUUGACCAUUUUUUUUCCUAAAAUUUUAUAAUUGAAUUUCUAAAAGCCUGCCUCAUUUUAUACCAUUUCUAUAAAAUGUGCCCUAUAAAAGCAAAGCAAACCUGGGUAUCUAGAAGCUGAUAUUUUACAACUAACAUGGGAUAUUUGAGUCUAGAAAUAUAAAAGUUCUAUCUCCUCACAUUUUGAAUAAGCAUAAUACUAUAAAGAUGAUAUUCAAUGACAUGUCAAAAUGUUAGUUUCAUUUUAAACUUGUAUUUUUUUCUGGAUGAAAUUAAACUAUUUGUUUUUAAGAAGU